AUGUCCGUCUGCGGCUCCGUCUUCACUCCUCGGAUCAUCUGCCCGCCUGACCGACGGACUUUCAACUCGGAUGGCACCCGGGUGUCAGAGGUCGGGUUGGAAGAGUGGGUCGAGGGGGUCAGGAGGGAAGGGAAGGUUGGGGAAGGGGUUGGGAAGAAGAGUGUAGUUGGCCAGAUGAGUAACCCAACGCAUGGAUUUGGCGAGAGGGUUGGUGGUGGUGACUUGUCAAUGAAAUUGGGGUUGAGUGGAGAGACGGUGACUGGGGAGAAGAAGGGGGAGCGUAGAGGGUCGCCGGUGAAGAAGUUGUUCCGAAGAAAGGGGAGUGAGGAUAAGGGAAAACAGUGA